AAAAAAAGUAAGACCAGCAUCCAUUCACUCUCUCUCUCUGAUUCAACACAAGGAUUUUUCAAAUUCCCACUUCAAGUUGGAGCUUAAGGUGUAACCAUUAUACUUCAAGAGUUGCUCAUUCUCAUUUCUGCACUCAAGGUUGCACCGAAUGAGGACCUUUAUCAACAGAUUGGAAGAGACAUCUGUUGUGAUCUUGUUGAUCAUGACAAAGUUCGUAGUAUCUGGUUUCGCAACUCUAUGCCUUUUAACCGUUCCAAGGAAAUGGUUUCCCUUGAUGGUAACCCCAGCGCUAUUGGAUGGUUAAAGAGUGAAAAUCAGACAUGCCGUCCUUAUCUUCCCUUGACACAUGAAGAAGAAAAACCUGUAAAUACUGUGCACUUACAAGUCGGUCAACUGAAGAGGGACAAGACAAUAGCUGCUGAACUAAUAAUGCUUUUGGAAAGUUUAGAGCUUGUGUCGAUUUAUGUACCUUGCGUCUGCAACCUAAGACAGAAGGAGAUAUUCUUCUUUUUUCUAGCCGUUAUGACUCUGAAAAAGAAGAAAAUUCGGUAUGUGGGGAAUCUUUUUGUGAAUGGUAAUACUAUUCCUGGAGACAUUCUUAAAAUACUGAAGGAUAUGGCUAAUUUUGCUCCCCAAAUGAAGAAAUAGAACUGUAUGAGGAGGUAAGUUUUGUGCCCAAAGUCAUGUGUGAUCUCGUUGACCUACACGAGGUUGUUCGAUAACUUUGAAAUGUAAUGGGUCCAUGGAAGCUACAAAUGAAGAAGGAAGUCUAUUGAGCUCAAGCAGACCACCAAGACUAAGGAUUCAGGUAUAGAAGAUUGUGCAUUGUGAAGGAAGCAUUUUUUAAAGCUGCAAAUUCUUUUAAAUCUGGGGCUCCAACUGAUUUUGAUUCAGAAGAUGAUUCUCUGAUUGGUGUAAAACCAGCUUCUGAUCCUCCAGCAUCAUCUUGUUCUAAUGAAGAAGGGAAUGGUUUGCCUGAAGUUAUUGGUGAUGUAAUGCAAUCAGUGAGCAAGAAUCUGAUUGAAUUUUAGGUUUGAAUGCUCAAGGUAUAAAAGAGGAAGCUCUAACUGAUGGAUUGCAGGGGUUAAAAAUUCAUAAUAAUGAAAAAAAAAUGAUGGUCAAGAAGAAGGUGAAUCCGAAAAUCCAAUCUUAGUUGAAGCUUUGGUUUGAGUUUUCAGUUUCUAGGAUGUUGAUUUUUCUGUGUGGAGGAUUCUAACCCUGACCUGCAAGUGUUUGUGCAAAUUUGAAUGUUGUAGACUUUGUUGUACCAAUAAUCAAGAAGUGAAAAUAUCUUGCUCUGGGAAU